AUGUGGCUGUUGCUGCUCCAGCGGAGCUGCCUCGCGGCCAGCGCGCCGCCCGGCGGGGACGUGGUCCCCGCCGCGGCCGCUAGUGCGGGCGGGCCCGCGGUGCGGCAGCGGAUCGCCUACGUGACCAACACUUGGUGGCCCAAGGUGGACGGUGCAGCCAUCACGGUGAUGGGCCACGCGAGGUACUUUUCCGAGCACGGGCACGAUGUGCUCGUGGUGCGGCCCUCGUAUCCGGACGACUCGCCCGUCUGGGAGCGCGCCGUCGAGGCGGGCAUGGCCUCCGACCCGGUGCCUCCGUCGCCGACGCUGCAGUUCCUGUCGUACCGCAUGGUGGGCAACCGCGGAGGCGGGUUCGAGCCGGAGAUGGACGCGUCGGACCUCUCGCGUGUGGAGAAGGGCCUUACGGCCUGGGAGCCUAACAUC